UGGUAACACUGUGGCAUCCACCAUUUUUGUAUACUGUAUUGAGUACUUACAGAUUUCGCGCGCCGCUAAUUAAUAUUACCUGUUUCGUUAUGUAUUAAUAGCAUUAUUGAAUUAGUUAUUUCAUAUUCGUCAUAACUUUAACAAUUGCUGUAUCAUGUCUCAAACCGAGGAAGCUAUGGAUGUGGCAGAGGUUGGUGAGAAUUCUAAUGGAUCCUCCAGCGAUACAACCUCAUCCAGAGGUAAAGAAGGCGAUUUUGAAAGUAAAAUAGAAACUGAUCGUGCCAAACGCUUUGAUUUUUUAUUGAAACAAACUGAAAUUUUCUCUCAUUUUAUGACAAAUACCCCUAAAUCUGGAAGUAGUCCUCCUAAGCCGAAAGCUGGAAGGCCAAAGAAAAACAAAGAAUCGGAUUUAGCUGAUCAUCGUCAUCGUAAAACUGAGCAGGAAGAAGAUGAAGAGUUACUUGCUGAAACAAAUUUGAAACAAAAGAACAUUUUUCGCUUUGAAGCAUCUCCACAUUAUGUUAAGAAUGGAGAAAUGCGAGAUUACCAAGUCAGAGGUCUAAACUGGAUGAUUUCUCUAUAUGAGAAUGGAAUAAAUGGAAUAUUAGCUGAUGAAAUGGGUUUGGGAAAAACUUUACAAACUAUUUCACUUUUGGGUUACAUGAAGCAUUUUAAGAAUGUACCAGGACCCCACAUAGUAAUUGUACCAAAAUCCACAUUAACAAAUUGGAUGAAUGAGUUCAAGAAAUGGUGUCCUUCAUUAAAAGCUGUCUGUUUAAUUGGUGAUCAAGAAACCAGGAAUACCUUUAUUCGUGAGACACUUAUGCCUGGCAAUUGGGAUGUUUGCAUUACAUCCUAUGAAAUGAUUAUUAGAGAGAGAUCAGUAUUCAAGAAAUUCAACUGGCGUUAUAUGGUUAUUGAUGAAGCUCACCGUAUAAAGAAUGAGAAGUCUAAACUGUCAGAGUUGUUGCGAGAGUUUAAGAGUAUGAACCGGUUGUUAUUAACUGGCACUCCAUUGCAGAACAACCUUCACGAACUCUGGGCUCUGCUUAAUUUUCUUCUGCCUGAUGUUUUUAAUAGCUCAGAUGAUUUUGAUUCAUGGUUUAACACUAAUGCAGCUUUAGGAGAUAAUCAGUUGGUAUCUCGUUUGCAUGCUGUGCUACGACCAUUUUUGCUCAGACGUCUCAAAUCUGAAGUCGAGAAGAAACUCAAGCCAAAAAAGGAAGUUAAAGUGUAUGUAGGCUUGAGUAAGAUGCAACGAGAAUGGUAUACUAAAGUUCUUAUGAAGGACAUUGAUGUUGUAAAUGGUGCCGGCAAAGUGGAAAAAAUGCGUCUACAGAACAUCCUUAUGCAGUUGCGUAAGUGUUGUAAUCACCCAUACUUAUUCGACGGCGCGGAGCCGGGACCACCUUACACUACAGAUGAACAUUUGGUUUAUAACUGUGGCAAAAUGGCGAUACUUGACAAGUUACUACCCAAGCUACGUGAACAAGAUUCUCGAGUGUUAAUCUUUUCACAGAUGACGAGAAUGUUAGAUAUCUUGGAAGAUUACUGUCUUUGGAGGCAAUAUAAAUACUGCCGCUUAGAUGGACAAACCCCACAUGAAGACAGAAACAGGCAAAUAGAAGAAUACAAUGCAGAAGGCAGUGAAAAAUUUGUUUUUAUGCUGUCAACCAGAGCGGGUGGUCUCGGAAUCAAUUUGACUUCAGCCGAUGUUGUUAUUAUAUAUGAUUCUGAUUGGAAUCCACAAAUGGAUUUACAGGCUAUGGAUAGAGCUCAUCGUAUUGGACAGAAAAAACAAGUGCGCGUAUUCCGACUAAUCACGGACAACACAGUGGAGGAGAAGAUUGUGGAGCGAGCUGAAGUGAAGUUACGUCUGGAUAAAUUAGUCAUCCAGUCUGGUCGACUAGUAGACACCAAGAACCAGCUAAAUAAAGAUGAGAUGCUUAACAUGAUCAGACAUGGAGCGAAUCAUGUGUUCUCUUCUAAAGAUUCCGAAAUUACUGAAGAAGACAUUGACACUAUAUUAGCUAAGGGACAAACCAAGACUGAAGAGCUCAAACAGAAAUUAGAGAGUUUAGGAGAGUCUUCGCUUCGAGCUUUUUCAAUGGACACUCCUGGUGCAACUACAGAUUCGGUAUAUCAGUUUGAAGGGGAGGAUUACAGAGAGAAACAGAAGGUUAUUCCAAUCGGUAACUGGAUAGAGCCUCCUAAACGCGAGCGUAAAGCUAACUAUGCAGUCGAUGCAUACUUCAGGGAGGCACUACGUGUCUCCGAACCCAAGGCGCCAAAGGUACAGGCACCAAGACCACCCAAGCAGCCUAUUGUACAAGAUUUCCAGUUCUUUCCACCUAGACUCUUCGAGUUAUUGGAUCAAGAAAUUUACCACUACCGGAAGACUCUCGGGUAUAAAGUUCCACGAAACCCAGAAUUAGGACCAGAUGCGGCUAAAAUUCAAAGAGAAGAGCAACGUAAAAUAGAUGAUGCUGAGGCUCUCUCUGAGGAAGAAAUACAAGAAAAAGAACAACUUUUAACACAAGGAUUCACAAAUUGGACUAAGCGGGAUUUCAAUCAGUUUAUAAAAGCAAAUGAAAAAUAUGGUCGAGAUGAUAUUGAGAAUAUUGCAAAAGAUGUGGAAGGCAAAACACCAGAAGAGGUCAUGGAGUACUCAGCAGUAUUUUGGGAGAGAUGUCACGAACUGCAAGAUGUGGAUAGAAUUAUGGGACAAAUUGAAAGAGGAGAAGCUAAAAUACAAAGAAGAGCCUCUAUAAAGAAAGCAUUAGAUGCCAAAAUGGCCCGAUAUAGAGCACCAUUCCAUCAACUCAGAAUCUCAUAUGGAACUAACAAGGGCAAAAAUUAUGUAGAAGAAGAAGACAGAUUUCUGGUGUGCAUGCUGCACAAGCUGGGCUUUGAUAAAGAAAAUGUGUAUGAAGAAUUGCGUGCAGCUGUCCACGCGGCGCCGCAAUUCCGGUUCGACUGGUUCCUAAAGUCGCGAACAGCUGUUGAACUGCAACGCAGAUGUAAUACACUCAUUACCUUAAUUGAAAGAGAAAAUCAAGAACUGGAAGAGAAGGAAAGGGCAGAAAAGAAAAAGAAGAGUGGAAAUGCAAACCUUAAUGCUUCUGGAGGUAAUUCGACUGGUAAAGGUCCUAAUGCAGGCAAACGCAAAGCUGAUAAUACUCCCGACACGGCACAGAAACAUAAGAAAAAAAAGAAGUGAGGUCAACGAUCGGUGCAAAUGGAUAAAGCUACAUAGUUACAAUAGUUGUAUUUUGUAAACUAACGUCAUAAUAAUAUCUUAUUUAAUGUUAAAUUGUAAUUUAUUGUAUUUUAAAUUCCGGCAUCGAUUUAACCAGUGUGAAGAAUAUUGAUCUGGUUAUAUAAGUCCAAUAAUAAUACAAUCAUAAUAUGAAAACAGCAGUACUACCUAUCCUAUAGUAUACAGUAUGUUAUUCUGGAGGGAUUCUACAGUAACUGCAAUAUUUCUGUACAAUACUCCAUUAGUUCAAAUGCGUGUAACUGUCCAUGCAAACUGCAUGUAAGUAUUACUAAAUAGUAAGUAUACAUAAGGAAGCUACUGUUGAGCAUUUAAAUUUUAGAAUACCGUACUUAUAACUUAUUUUUAUACAAUAAAAUAAUACAAUUUUUUACAAAAUUAUGCCAUGUUCAUCUAUUUGUAUCUAGGGACGAAAGAUUGUUUAUCCAUUUGGAAUAAGUUAUAUUUCAGUUAUAAAAGACUAAUUUUGCAAGUCAUUUCGUAUUAAAUAAAGUGACACUGGUUCUAUA